CAGCGAGAUGUACGUAAGGGGAGACAGGGUUAUCUGAGUUUAGUUGCUCGGCAUGCUGUGGACUGGGCUGGUGGAGUGAAUUUUAGUUUCUUUUCCAGGGGAAAGCGAAUGUCGCAUGCGGAUACAGUGGGGAAAUGAGUAACAGGAUGGAGGGUUCGGCAGGACCAGGUGCCAGGACAAAUGGACCCGUGGCAGCGCCCAGCAGCCCGGUGAGCUCCAUCGGCCCGCCUCUGUCCCCAGAAGAGCUGGAAGGAGAGCCACAGUCGUCCCUGACAGAUAUCAGCCAAAUGUGGAUUAAAUUCGGCAAGACUUUCGCCAUCAUCUUUCCGAUCUAUGUCUUGGGAUACUUUGAGUUUAGCUUUAGUUGGGUCCUGAUUGGACUCGCCAUGCUGUUCUACUGGAGGAAAAACCACGGCAAUAAGGACUACAGGAUAAACCGUGCCUUAGCUUUCCUGGAGCAUGAGGAGAAAGUAGUGAAGCAAAGUGUGCCAACGUCUGAGCUGCCGCCAUGGGUCCACUAUCCAGAUGUUGAGAGGGUGGAGUGGCUGAACAAGACGGUGAAGCAGAUGUGGCCGUUCAUCUGCCAGUUUGUGGACAAGCUGUUCAGGGAGACCAUCGAGCCGGCGGUGAAGGGGGCCAACCCUCAUCUCAGCUCCUUCUGCUUCACCAAGAUCGACAUGGGCGACAAGCCACUGAGAGUGAACGGGGUGAAAGUUUACACAGAGAAUGUGGAUAAGAGGCAGGUCAUCAUGGACCUGCAGGUCAGUUUCGUAGGGAACACAGAGAUUGACGUGGACAUCAAGAAAUACUACUGCAGAGCUGGAAUCAAAAGUAUACAGCUUCAUGGAACAAUGAGGGUGGUGAUGGAACCUCUGCUGGGGGACAUGCCUCUGAUCGGAGCCCUGUCCGUCUUUUUCCUCAAGAAACCACUGCUGGACAUCAACUGGUCGGGACUCACAAACAUGCUGGACAUCCCCGGUGUCAAUGGUUUGUGUGACAACAUCAUCCAGGACAUCAUCUACAGCUUCGUGGUUCUGCCCAACCGCAUCACCAUCCCUCUGGUGGGUGAGACCCAGCUGGCCCAGCUCCGCUUCCCUGUGCCCAAGGGCGUCCUGAGGAUCCACUUCAUCGAGGCCCAGGACCUGCUGGGGAAAGACAAGUUCCUUGGCGGUCUGAUCAAAGGCAAGUCAGACCCAUAUGGAGUGAUCCGGAUCGGGACGCAGCUCUUCCAGAGCAAAGUCAUCCACGAGACCGUCCACCCGAAAUGGGGCGAAGUCUACGAGGCUCUGAUUUACGAUCACGGUGCACAGAAUCUGGACAUCGAGCUGUUUGAUGAAGAUACAGAUAAAGACGACUUCCUGGGAAGUCUGAUGAUCGACGUGGCCGAGCUCCAGAAGGAACAGAAGGUCGAUGAGUGGUUUGUUUUGGAAGACGUGGGGACGGGGAAGCUGCACCUGAAGCUGGAGUGGUUAUCUCUGCUGCCCACACCUGACAAGCUGGACCAGGCCCUGAUGAGCAUCAAAGCUGACCGCGGUCACGCCAACGACGGCCUGUCGUCUGCGGUGCUCGUCGUCUUCCUGGAUUCAGCCAGAAACCUGCCGAGCGUCUUUGAGGGGAACUUGGGCUCUGGCUACUUAAAAGAGAGACGUGCGGCGGGCCUCGUGUUUUGCGAGAACACCGCCUCGCUCUAUAGGACCUUAUUUCGCAAUCCGUUAGAGUUCAACCAUUCGGGGCUGAAGAAGGUCUCGGUCAGUAAGGCCAUCAAGUCAGGUAAGAAGGUGACGAGCGACCCCAGUCCGUUUGUCCAGUUCACAGUGGGACACAAGUCCUUCGAGAGCAAGACCAGAUAUAAGACCAAUGAACCGGUGUGGGAGGAAACCUUCACCUUCCUCAUCCACAACCCUAAAAGCCAGGAGCUGGAGGUGGAGGUGAAGGAUGAGAAACACGAGUGUUCGUUGGGGACGAUGGUGCUCCCUCUGACUCGCCUGCUGGAGGCGGAGGACAUGACGCUGAACCAGCGCUUCCCUCUGAGGAACUCUGGACCGAGCUGCACCCUCAAGAUGAAGAUAGCUCUGCGGGUGCUGUGUUUGGACAAGAGCACGUCUUCAUCCUCAGACUCCACCCCGUCCUCCGUGCAGGUCCGCAAAAACAGCUCCUCCAACCAAACCCCGCGGCCCUCUGUCUCCUCCGAGUCCCCCGCUCCUCCCUCCUCCACCUCCACCUCUGACAUCCCCCGCUCGUCCUCAGUGUCAGCCCAGGACCUGCUGAACCGGCGGCGGGACGGAGAAGAGCCCUUCAGGUCUCCGGGAAGCACAGACUACGGCCAGGGGGGAGGAAGAGGAGGUCAGAGCCUGGCGGAGACCGGGAGGAGCACCUCCAACCUGGCCAUCUCUGGUUCCCAGCAGUACCUGGCUGGAGGCAAGGAGCCCACGCCCAGCAUCGCCUCGGAUAUCUCCAACCCCUACGCUGCUCAGGAGCUGCAGCAGAGACUCCAGCAGCUGCAAAAUGGUUCAGGCCCGAGUCAUUUCCCUCUGGGUGAGGUCCAGCUGACGGUCAGACACAGCUCCCAGAGGAACAAACUCAUCGUGGUGGUUCACGCCUGCAGAAACCUUAUUGCGUUCACUGACCACGGCUCCGAUCCGUACGUCCGCCUCUACCUGCUUCCUGACAAACGGAGGUCGGGCCGGAGGAAAACUCACACAUUCAAGAAAACCCUGAACCCGGUUUACGAUCAGACGUUUGAGUUCAGCGUUUCCCUCGUGGAGCUCCACAGACGGACUCUGGAUGUGGCCGUGAAGAACGGUGGAGGUCUGCUCUCCAAACACAAAGGCCUUCUGGGAAAGGCUCUGGUGGAUUUGGUCCAUGAUGACAUGGUAAAGGGUUGGACACAAUGGUUUGAGCUGAGUGAAGACGGCCUGUCGAAGCCUCACCAACUAUAAACAGCAACAAGUGGAAUACCACCACCACCAUCAUCAUCAUCAUCAUCAUCAUCAUCAUCAUCAUUAUCAUCAUCACCAUCACCAUCAUCACUACCAUCAUAUCUCCACUCUUCCACUCGAGUCUACAGUACGGCUUUUAUUUUCUCAUGACUUGUUGUACAAACGGAAACAGAAAAAGCAGCUUUUGACAUUCAUUUAAUCACAUCAGUCGCAAGGCAAACCUCCCCUUUAAGAAGUGAAAGGCUGAUAGAAUAAAGGGAGUAAACGACAUGUAGAAUAAUAUAUAUAUAUAUAACACACAAUGUUCUGCUGUGGAAGUCUAUAUUCCAUAUUUAUCAUAUAACAGCUGUAGAGGAAGACAAUCUAUAUAUAUUUUUUGCUGUUGCAGCAGUUUCCUGCCUGGACUUUCAGUAAAGAACGACAGUGUACAAGUUUGUAAAUAGAAACAAAGAUGCUGGACAAAAAAAAUGGCGUGUUUUAGAGCGAGAGGCGUGGCCAAAUGAUUGUUUGUCAAUUUCUUUUAUUGGAUGAAUGAAUUACUUCAAAUUUUGUGGAGCGGAGUGGGCGACUGCAGGAAGAGACGCCACCAAAGACGCGACGAAAGUAUUUAAUUUUUUCGCCCUUGUGGCUUUCGGUAACGCACCUUCGCUUUGGCUUUAUUCCACUGAAAUAAUGUGUGUAUUCACCAAAAAAAGCACACAAAUAUUAUUUUUAAUGUGAUGCAAAUAGCAGUUAGUUUAGUUUUCUAAUACACCUGUUGUUCCACUGAAAUGAGGCCACUGUUGAGUGUUACCUGUGUUUUUUUUUAAAAUGGAAUAUUUGCACAUUUGUGUAUUUUUUUUUUUUUUUAUCUAAUGGGGAUCAUUUUUACUCUUAGUUGCAAUUUCUUUUAGCAUUUCUUAAAUUCCUCUUGGAGAUAAAAGUUUGUUUUAGUGAGUAUCUCAGAUUUAACAUGUUUAUAAUUUAUACAAGCAAAAUUAAAAUGUCAAGGCUUGAAAUUAUAUAAAUAUAUAUAUAUUUUUUAGGAAAGUUUAACAUUUUUUUCCAUGAGAUGAUUCCACUUAUUUGUCUGAAAGUUAAAUAUGAAGCUGCAGCCAGGAGAUGCUUAACUUAGCUUAGCAUAAAGACUGGAAACAAAUGGAAACAGCUAGCCUGACUCUAAUUGACAUGUGAAAUUUGUAAAGAUUAAAACAUACAAGAUGCAACAUAAAUCAGUGAUUUUUUUUUUUAGGUGGAAACGGAUCUCCCUCCGUGUCCAGUCUUUAUGCUAAGCUAAGCUAACCUAUAGCUGUUGGCUUUAUAUUUAACAGACAAAUGUUUCUGAAUCUCUCAUCGCACUGUUAGUAAGAAAAAAAUUACCAAUAUUUUCAAAAAUGUUGAACGACUACCACAAGGUAAUUUAAUUGAACCAUAUAAAAAAAUAAAGAUAUUUAAUUCUCACCCACAUUUUCUUCAUUUAUCUAAAGCCACUGUGUGCAGAUAUUUGAAAUGACUCUCUUCACAAAAUGAACUGUGACCACAGCUGUAAACUUUCUGUCAUAUCUCACAGCUGCUUCAUUUAUCACUCCAAAUUCCAUUACUCUUUCAAUAAAUAUUUUCCUAAUAACUUCAUAUUAUUUUUAUUUUAAUUAUUGCUUUUAAGAAAAUAAGAAUGUAUUGGUGUCUUUGGGGACUCUGGACAAAAGCACCAAAUUACAUCUAUGCAAUUUUAAUAGGUAAACAAAGAAUAAACAGAUAAAGAUGACAAUAAUUACACAAUUAAUAUUAAUAAUAAAAUUGAGAAGAAAUCAGUUAACAUUUUACUGUAAUCGUUGUUUCUUACAGUAGAUUGUUCUUGGGUGGAGGGGUGAAAGUUCAUUGGGAAAUAAACAAAACAGGAAUAUUUCAGUGAGUGAGUAUUUGUCACAAAAAAAGUGAAACAAGUGCUGUUGAAAUGUAAAUUUUUUAUGCUGAAUUCACCUUAUAAUUUGGCCUUUCAUUUUUAAAAUCAGGCCUUUAUUUGUACAGCCAGUAUAUCCCACUUUUAUAAGAGAGUUAACAGUUCACACACCUGCACAAACACUGAGUUCAAUUAUAUAAAAGUCACAUAAAAUGCACCAGUUUGCACUGUGAUUUCUGCCAAUUAAACGUUCAGAAUAACUUCAAAGGUCCACAGAUAAUUUCUACAAACAGUGGCUUUAAAGAGUGAAGUUUACAUUUCCAGCAGUUGGACAUUAUGGCCUUAAAGGGCUAUAUUUUGUGUUUGUUUGUCGAUGUUUCGGUAAGGUCCGUAUCGCGUUAAUUUUGGCUUCAGUCAUUCUGAGUUGUUGACGUUUUGUUUAUGAAUCAACAUUAGUCUUAAUGUGUCAUUUUUUUAACACGGACGAGUGCAGAAAAUGACGUUUUGUUUCAUGUACAUACUCUUUAUUUUAACGCAUAUCAUAUUAAACACCGCUUUGACUUUGCAGCACUUCAUCAGAAGGGAUUUAUAUCAGUAACAAAUAACAUUAUUCUUGCUAUAAAACAUGAAAUAAAUGCAUAUGUUGUCUAUGUGGCCACUAAAAGCCAAAGAGCAGUGAUUUCUUGUCAGUACAGAGGAGGCUAGUUUGACCUUUGACCUUUAAAAUACAGAUAUAUUUGCCUUGUGUUCACAUCAAGCAUCAGAAAGUAUUUCACACGUGUAUGUAAAUUGUGCCAUUCUGCAUUUGAUGUCUUUGAUUGUUUUUUAUUUGUGUUUCCUGCUGUCGUGUCUCGUUGUUCUGUGUUUUAUUUUGUAAGAAUCAUUGGAUUUGAGAGUUUCUCUGGAAGGGGGUUCGUUUUCUCCGUCUUCUUAAUUUAUCUUGUGCCUUAAGGUUCACACAGAGAUUUUAACAUGUAAAAAAAAGAACCAACAAAAUGCUUCAGCAUUUCCCAUGUUUUCAGAAUGUCUCCUAAUUGUAUUUUAACAACAAAUAAAGGCUUUAGCUGGUUAUAGCAGCAUGAAGCUGUACAGCA